GGUAUGGUGCUGCGUCGGUGUUCUUCUUCCCGGUGUUUGUCGCCAUAGCUCCUGUCCGGACUAAGAUGGAGCUGUCAAAGGUUUAAAGACGUGAGUCGUCCGAUCCCCCUCCUCCAGCAAGCCACCGUGACGUGCUUGUCAUCUUCGUGGCUCAGGGCAUACUCACACUACGGUAGCACUUUGCUGAAUGUAAAUGACCGCUUUUCAGACCCGGCCCGGAUGCACCUGACCGCAUUUACGCACCUGAGAAGUGGAAGAAAAAGUCCUACGGUAGUAUGCGUAUGCCCUAAAAAAUUGUGCAAACAACGGAAGCUAUGGCGCGCCGGGUAGAUAGUGGAGGCGAUCGGGAUCCAUUCUCAGGUGCGUCGGCAUCGCCAUCGCCAUUGCCAUCGCCAUAUUCUCCUUCUUCUUCACCGACAUCGUCUUCGUCGUCAUCGGCAUCGUUCUCGUCUUCUUCGUCAUCGCCAUCGCUUUCUUCUUCUUCUUCUUCUUCACUGCCAUCGCCAUCGCCAUCGCCAUCGCCAUCUUUUUCGUCUUCUUCUUCGCCGCCAUCGCCUUCGUCUUGCUCGGCAUGGGGGUCGUUAUGGCGGCCGUCGUGUGGGUGGUCAGAUCGAAGGGAUCUUAGGCGCCUGGGUGGGAUCGGACGGUGCUCGUCGUCGGGGAGAAGCAGGAAGGCAAGCAGGAGCUUGGCUAUGGUGACGGCUAUGGUCGUCCUGGCGCUGGUCUGCAGCCCGAUCCCGGAGGUCUCCGCGUCGUCGCCCGCUGUCGAGCUCAUCAAGGGGAUUGGCAAUCUGGCCAAAGGAUCGCAGGCUCUUCUGAGGCGGCUGGCGAGGGAACGGGAACGACGGAAGGAUUCGCGAGGCGAGGAGCAGAUUCAACGUCUGCUGGAUUCGCUGAAGUCGUCGUUUGUGUGGUGGAAGGGUGCUUUCGGCAUGGGGUAUGACUUCGCGUCGAAUUAUUUCUGGAAGAAGUCGCCCACUGUGCGAAGGCUCGAACUAGGUCCAGCUUUGCUCAAGGUCGACGGCCUCAUGGUGGCCCUCGACGACUUCCGUCAACGGGCGUCCUCGUCCGAGUGGCAGAGAGACGGUUGGAUUCGAGACAACUGGGAGAAGAUCGCACGGAUGGCGAGAGACUUAAUCAACGACCUUCUCAAAAUCUUUGACAAAACUGUAAGUCCGAGGUACACAAAAUUUUCGGAGUAGGCGACGAAACUUUUUUUUUUUUCAUUUUUUUUCUUCUUUUUUUUUUCUUCUUUUUUUUUCUUCAUUUUCUUUCUUCAUUUUUUUCUUCAUUUUUUUUUCUUCUUUUUUUUUCUUAAAGUCUGGGGCUGUGUACUGGCUGUUUAACACUUCCCUCCACUUUCCAGCUCAGCUUUCUCAGUGCUAUACUUCUUUUCUGAGAUUUCUGUACAGCUUUUGAUCAUCGUUAUUUGUCUUCCUUCCUUUUCUCGGGGGGGUCUCUUUUUGCAUGGUCCGGUGCGUCAUGCGCGCGCUUCAUGUGCUUUCCGAGAAAAAAAAAACGAAAUUGAGUGGUACGGGGUGUCAUGUGCGCAGAUGGGCGCUGCAAGUAGGCAGCGGGCAUGAGGUAGCCAUAGCCUGGCUUGCCUCAUGGUGGCUGGUGUUGGCGAUGGUGCUCUUCGGGUGGUGGGGAUGCACACUGUGGGUUAGAAGGUGAUGAGGGGAGGGAGGAACGAGACAUGUACCUGAUGUGUAUGCGGCAGUCUGCAUUGGUGCCUUCUUCAUGUACAUUGGUCUUCGACUGGAAGUGAUUCUUGGUUCCAUGUCUUUCCCAGAACAAAAAAAUAAAUGCAAUCGAGUAUU